UUGUACUGUUAUAGCCAACAUGGCGGCGCCGUUGGAGGUGGUGCUCAGCAGUGAUUCGGGCUCUCAGCUCUGGAACUGCACCGUGUUCGACCUUCACAGCGGCUCCAGCCUGCUGUCCUACCGGGGAGGGAACUCCACAGCUCGGACCCUCACCGUCCUGCGUGGGGAGUUCCUGCUCAGCGCCCAACUGGGGAAGAACUUCAUCAACGUGUGGGAGAUCCAGAGGAAGGACCAUCUGCAGCAGAAGAUCGUCUGUCCAGGUGUGGUCACUUGUCUCACCGCUUCACCCGAUGGGGCCUUCCUCGCUGCCGGAGUGGCCGAGGCCAUCUACCUGUGGGAGGUUUGCACAGGUAAGCUGCUGGUGGUGCUCAGUCGACACUAUCAGGACGUCACGUGUCUGAAGUUCACAGACGACAGCAGCCAUUUUGUUUCUGCGGGCAAAGACAACCUGGCACUGGUGUGGAGUGUGUGCAGUGUGGUCCAGUUGGAUUUAAGUCACACUCCUGAGCCACGCCACGUCCUGGCCCGUCAUUCCCUGCCCAUCACAGACCUUCACUGCGGUUACAUGGGACCUCAGGCCAGAGUCGCCACAUCGUCACUAGAUCAGACUGUAAAGGUAAGAGCGUUUAAGGGUGGUUUAUACUCAGAAACCAGUUUGUCUGCGUGUGUUGGUGUUGAAAUACCUUUUCUUACUGAUGAUGGAAAACCUUUUUUUUUUUUUUUUUUUUUUUUUUUUGUCUGCCUGCAGAGUCUGAACCGGGAAAAAUCCUUCCAGUCCGACAGCGAGGGAAGCCAGGUGUUCCAGGGUCACAGGAACCUGGUCACGUGUCUCUCCGUCUCAAUGGAUGGGACUCUACUCCUCUCCGGGUCACACGACGAGACGGUUCGUCUCUGGGACAUCCAGAGCCGACAGAGCGUCCGCUGUCUCCAACAUAAAGGUCCCGUGACAAACGCGAUCAUCAUGUCUGUGUCAGCGAACAUGUUCCUGCCUGACAGUCGGCCUGCCGUGCCGCUGCCGCGCUUCAGUCGACACCUCCUCACCGCCGAGGGGAACGACGGUGAAGCAGGGGAGGUUUGUGUUCGCCCCGCCCUUCACAUACAGGAGGAAGAGGAAUCCUACCUGCAGAAAGCCAACAGGUUGUACUCCCUUAUGUGCGCCGUGAACGACAAGACGGUGGUCGGUGACGGUGAAAACACGAAGGCUCGGGUUGCAGAGCUGGAAGAAGAAGUUCAGAAUCUGAAAAAGGUCAACAAGGAUCUGUUUGAGUUUUCUUCUCAGCUGCUCACCAAGCCCACAUAACCACAAAGACUCACAAAGAACUACACGGACCCACAGAGAACCACAGAAAACCACACAGACACACACUGACACACGCAUCUUUUGUUACAAAA